AUGAACGCUAUGAAAAAAAUGUCAGAAAGUAGGCAUUUCUCGUCCUAAUAAUAAGAAAGCAGUCCAUUAAUGAAUUAAUCCACUAAUUAAUCAACCAAAAAAAGAAACAAAAACAAGGAAAAUAUAAAUUUGUUUAAUGAGGUUAAUUCCCUUCUCUAAUACUAUCAGAAUUCAAAUAUCCUCAAAAAAAAAACAUCACUGCCUACAUCAAUGGUUUCUCCUAAGAAAAUGAUGGAUGAUAUAUUUUUAAAGCAAGUACUUUAAACUAGAAAAACUAAUAGCAGAAAUAAAGUGAGUGUUUCAUAAAAUGUUGGAUAGAAAGUCUUAAGUUUGUCACCCAUAGAAUAAAAAUAAAAAUCAUUCACAAAAGGAAACUAAUUUAGAUGUGCCUAUCAUGCAAACAAAAAGGCUAAAUUUUUUGAAUACAAUCGCAGCAUAGGAGCUAUAUUCUAUUGUUCUGAAUGCUCUGUAGGAAAACUAAUCAAAGGAAAUAUUCUUUUCCCUGUUGAAAACUAUCAAGUUAAGCAAGUUUCAAAUAAAAAAAGAGAAAAUCAGUCUGUUAGUAGAGCCAAUUUUUGGUCAGUGGAUGAAAACUCUCUUUUAUCUAAUUCUCCCUUUUUAUUGGAGUCCACUGAUACGUUCACUAGCAUUACCGACGAUACUGAAGACAAAGCUAAGGAGUUGAAAGACUUCUAGAAAUCAUUAUCUUCUUUAUAAUAAGAAUGUUAAUCCAUUAUUGACAAUGCUAAAGGAAACACAUAUUAGACUCAAUUCAAUACCUUAAACACAGAGUUACAAUAAUUACUAUAUAUGAUAAAUAUUCAAUCCAUGAAAUUGUUGCAAUAAUUACAAUCAUAAAAUCAUUUACAAUAGGUGUAUGAAGUGCAAAAUGAAUUGAAAUCCAUUUUAUCUGACAUUUAAUCAAACGAAUCUAAUAUACUCAAUAAUAUGUCAAUUAAGCCAUUUAAAUAAAUAAUGAAUAAAUACAAGGAAAAGUUAAAAGGACACACUUAAACUAUUAAUAAUUGUUCAAGUAGCCAAUAAAUAUUUGAAUUAGAUGAUAGAUUGUAAAAAUUAAAUAAAAUUAAAAAACUACUCAAAACUAAUUUCAAAAUUGAGACAGAUGAACAAGAAUUAUUAAGUACUAAGAGAAAACUUAGUAGCAAUGUUUACAUUUCCUUUGAAAACAAAGAGAUGUUCUUAGCAGCAGCAGCUGCCAAUAAAGCUAAUAGUAUUCAUGCAAAGGAUGAACCUGAUUUAGUUCAAAUCGAUGAUAAGUGUCAUUUACUUGAAUCUCCUAAUUUUAUCUAGAAUUGA